AUGGCCCAAGAUUUACCACCUAUCGGCGGUUAUGAACCAGUGCAAUGGAAGCGUAACUUGCCUUCCAGAGGUUUCCGCCCUAUCGUUUACUUUAUCGGAUUGGUGUCCUUGAGCGCCUACGGAUUCUACAGAGUCUCUUUGGGUAUCCACGAGAGAAGGGAGUUGCGCCGUGAGCAGCGUUGGAUGGAGUGGUACUUGACUCCGUUGUUGCAGGCCGAGAUUGAGAGAGAUUCCUUGAGAAGAACUAUCGCCUACAACAAGCGUGUCAACGAGGUCAUGAAGGGCUCC